AUGGCGGAUCCAAAGGCAGGAGGGGUAGUAAAGAAGGGGCACGAAGAAGGGAUAAAAAUGGCGGUUUCACUUCUCGAAGAAUUCGGGCUCCCCAUGGGGCUCCUACCUCUCGCGGACGUGAUCGAGGUGGGGUUCGUGAAGAGCAGUGGGUACAUGUGGAUUGUGCAGAAGAAGAAAGUGGAGCACAACUUCAAGAUGAUCAGCAAGCUGGUGAGCUACGACACGGAAAUAUAUGGGUAUGUGGAGAAGAAGAGGAUCAAGAAGCUGAAGGGGGUGAAGGCGAAGGAGCUGAUGCUAUGGCCCCCUGUGAGUGAGAUCAGUGUGGAUGAUCCUCCCACUGGCAAAAUUCACUUCAAGAGUCUUGCGGGGAUCACUAAGACGUUCCCGGUUGACGCUUUUGCUGCUGGGCAGUGA